UGGGUCUCUUAAUAAUUUGGUUUUAUGUUUGAUAUCACAUCCUGUUAUCUUAAUAAGAAAAAAUAAUAUAACCAAAUUCUGUACAUAAAAUGAUUCAACAACGGUUAGCUGUGAUAAUAUUAAACUCAUGUAUCAAACAAUCUUGUCGAUCGUUGUAUAAAUAAAAAACUGAAGAAGUGAGGUCUACGUAAGAACGGAAUUAUAUUGUCAAUUCCAAAGAACAAUAUGAUAAUAAUAAAAAGUGUUUAUAAACGUAUCUAGCCAAGCUUAAUAAAUUGGAAAUAGUACAGGAUAAGUUAUUACCAAUGUGAUAAAUACAACCAUCCAGUAAAUAAAAUUCGCGCAUUUGCAUAACAACUCCUUGCACUUCACGAUCAGCAAUUUACGACCCCUGCAAAUAUUUCGAGCUUCAUAGUGUAAGGUCAUUAAAUAGAGUUAUUGAUGUGGCAAACAAAGUAGUAAAAAUGUCAUUAACAUCUCAAAACUGCAGUUGUUUAUUUACUUCUAGUCUAUGGUUUUAUUUUUGUUAAGAGUUAAUGACACUUCGAUCAGCCAGCCAUGUUGUGUUCAAAAGUCUUUAUUUUCCUGUAGUUUUGUUAGUUUUGGCGCUAGAAAAAUAACGAAUUUGUGAUAGUGUAUUAGAAUAUUGUUCUGUCUGAUACGUAUAGAUAAAAGAGUGUCAGGGUCACCUAAUAGACAUUACCAAACGACACAGGUGUUUUUGUAAGAGAAAUUUUGUGAAACAAAAUGGCCAAGAAAAAGGCGAAGGCUAAAGCAAAACAGCCUGCUGCGCCUUCAAUACCCGAGAGUAUAACUUCUGAAGUCAUUGCGGAGGCUUACAAUGUUAAAGCAGUACCAGUAUUCAUGAAAGUAUGUCGCUUAUGUGAAAGCAAAGAUGGUCCUUUUCUUAACAUCUUCGACGCUGACAAAAUUACAGCGAAAAAGAUCGACGAACUAAUGCCUUUUGGGAUUGCUGAAAAUGAUGAUCUACCUCAUAAAAUCUGCUUCCGUUGUUCAGCUAAACUUGAAGAACUUUAUGAGUUCAUACAGAGAUGUAUCAAAACACAAGAAAACUUACGAAAAGCUAUUGGUAAAACAGGCUCAUUUGUCACUAAAACCAAGACCAGGACUGUUUGGGAGGAAAAGUUAAAUAAAACUAAUAUGUCCAAUGAUGAUAUUUGUGAUGCAUUAAUCAAGAAAGCCAUGGAGGGCAUUAAAGAUAUGCCUACAAAAGCAUCACCUAAAGAAGGUUCACCACCACCCACUAAACGGGUUACAAGAAGAACUGAUCCAGCUAAGAAAGACUCAAUUUUAGAUGACAAUGAUGAUGAAACUAAUCUCAAACAACUAAAGAUGUCUCUUUCACAGUCUGAUGAUACAUCACUCGUAAGUAAAUCCCAAAAAACUACUGCCCCCAAAUCUAACAAUGCAAAACCUCCACAGUCAACUAAUAAUAAAGAAAUAGAAAAGAAGAAGAAUGAAAAAAAUGCAGAGAAUAAACCUAAAAGUAGUGUUAAUGUAAAUAGUUUAAGUUUUGAUUAUAAAGAAGAUAGCAGUAAUAGUUGUGAAGAAGUUGUGAAUGUUCCAGAAAAGCCUUUUAACAUUAUGGAUUAUAUAAGCAUGAUAAAAGUUAAUGGAGUUGGUGUACUUUUCCAGUGUAAACUAUGUAAUAGAAAUUUCUUAAAAAAAGAAGUUGUAGAAUCUCACAAUUGUGCUAAAAAUGGUGUUCCAAAGGUUGAGGUUCCUAAAGUAGUUCAUGUUCCGGAACCUCCCAAAGUUUCUACAGUUAAAUAUAUUAAGAUUGAUAACAAUUCAAAAACAUGGAAUCCAAAAAAAAAUGACAGUCAGAGAGAAAGCAGUGAAAGACAAGAAGAUUCUGAUGAAGCUGUUAUUGUAAAACCCAAACAUAAAGCUGGACCAGCUAGUAAGACAAGGAGAGCUGUAGACACAGAUUCAGGUAUCCCAGAUACUCCAAAGAAUACUGUAACCCAAGAUCCUCCAGCAGUAAAUUCUCCUAAUGCAUCUGUCCAAAUGCCUACUGUGCCAAAACUGAAUGGUCGUUACAAAUUAGUUCCAGGACCUAAUAACAUUUUCACCUUGGUUGAAGAUGCUUCAGGUGAAAGCACUGCUCCUGAAGCUGAAACUCCCAAAGUGGGUAGAAAGCGAAAAUCAAAUGAUGACAUAGAAAAUGUUGAAUCCAGCAUAAAAACCAAAGUACAGCCCCCAACAGUAGUUGAACAGCAAUCAAAACCAUACCCAGUGGGUUUAUUCCAAACUGUAGGUCAUUCCUCUAGACUUUAUGAUGAGCCCAUCACUCCUGCUCCAGCGCCAUUCACUACACCCGCGAUGAAGAAGCAAUCGUACACAAUAGUACAAACUGGGAAUCCUAGUAAAUUACUAAUAUCAACUAAAGCAUUAGCCGAACCUCAAGAAGUGCCUAAAAAACGCCAAAGAAAGUCGAAGCUCGAAGUCAGAGAAGACACGGAACCAAAAGCACCAUACAAAGUGACAUUAGAAGAUGUUGCUCCUCCUAAAGAUACUGGUUUCUUUACUUUCAUAAAUGUGGAUCCAUUAUUACAACCUUCAUAUGUCUUGCCUACCGAUAAUAUUAUACAAGAAUCACAAAUUUCAACAUCAACAGCAGUAAGUAAUACUGCAGAAAGCAGCAAAGAAAAGGACAAGUAUGGAUGUAACAUGUGUGGUGAGUCUUUCUCUAGGGAAAAGAAGUUGUUGACACAUAUACAAUCUCAUUACAACAAAAUGGAUGAGGAAGACGAACUACGAACAGGAAAAGGUUCUAAAAGAAAAGCGAAAAAAUAAAAUAGUGAAGACUUCGAUGGGUUCUGUUAUUUAUUAGAGUUGUUAGACAUCUCUAUGAAUGGGAACGCAGUAAUUUCACUAGUUGAGUAAUAAUAAUACUGACCUGAGUAAUUUUUUGGUUACGGAGGCUAGUGUUGCAAGAUAUCAGCCAGAUGCACUCUCCUUACUCUCACGACGCGAUGGGACGUGACCCACAUAUGUACGUGCCCUCUGAAACACGGAAGCUGUGAUAAUUAUUUCAAUAACACACAUAACAUUAAAAAAGUUGGUGCUUGCCUUGGGAUCGAACUUGUGACCUUUUACUUGGCAGUCCUCUGGUAUUACCAAUUGGCUAUAACUAGCUGAGUGUUAAAUAAUUGGAAUAGAUAAAUAGCUACUGUGAUGAUUUCCAUCUGAUGAUUUGUAGACAUUUAGAAAAUGAAUGAAGGCAUUAUAAUUGGUAUCAAAGAACAUAUUCCUAUGGUGCAUUUGAUUUGAGUUAGUUAAGAAUUUAACUGUCAUAAAUUAUCAGCAGUUACAAGCAGAGUAAUAUUGGAAAAGAUGUUGGAGUCACAUAAUAAAAUAAAUGUUCUGAUUAUUUAGGUAUCUUAAUAGUUCUGUAAAUGGUAAUAGUUGUAAGUAUUGUUACGUAUUCCUUAUUUUUAUGUUAAGAUUAUAGUUUUUUAAUAAUUGUUGCAAUUUUAAUGUAAAUGUUGCAUUUCAAUUUUAAGUAUUGGUUAUAAACUCAGUCUAGUGUUGCCAGUUCUAAAAAUAUAAAUAUGUUGUUUAAAUAUAGAAAACAUAGUCUCUACAAAUAAGUUUUAUACACAUU